UGUGCAGUGAUUGAUGCGGGCUCGCAGCUGCCCUUGCUCCGACCCCAGAGGAGCUGUGUGGGAAGUUGGUGUCGAGCCGCAGCGUGGCUCUGCCGAGUGUCUGGAGCCCGGGCUGUGCACACACACUGAUAAAUAGGGAAAGGCCCGCUGGGCUGCAGCUGGAGCAGAGCUGGAGCGGGCGGCAGCCCCACCGAGCCGUGAGUAUUCCGUUCCUUCUCUGCAUGCUACAAAUGCUGCUCCAGCCACACGGCAGCUUACCAUGGCAAAGUAUUCCAGGUUGCUGUUUCAAGGCUGAUCUCAGCAGAGUGGAUGAAGCAGUGCAGCUGGGAGCAGAGCAUGGCCAACACGUUUGUCACCGUCCCUGACGGGUACGGCCUCCCUGAGCCCCUCCAGUACUACGAUGUUUUACCAGAGCACAUCAACUACCAGCUGCAGGACCCGGAUUUCCAGGCUGCCCAGUACUGCCAGUACUCAGCAGUGCCCGUGCCAGUGCCAGCCCUGCAGCCCCAGGCUGCGCCGUGCCCGUCCCCGUUCGGCUCCUACAGCCUGGAGCCCCCGUACGGCGACGGGCCCUGCGUCGGCAGCAGCUGCGAGCUCAGCAAGGGCCCCUUCCUGGCUCCCCAGGGCGAGGAGGGCGGGUACCAGGGGCUCAAGAGGCCCAGGCUGAGCCACUCGGUGAGGCUGAAGGGGCAGGAGGAGCUGUGUGUGGUGUGUGGGGACAAGGCCUCGGGGUACCACUACAAUGCACUGACCUGCGAGGGCUGCAAAGGCUUCUUCCGGCGCAGCAUCACCAAGAACGCCGUGUACCGCUGCAAGAGCGGGGGGCACUGCGAGAUGGACAUGUACAUGAGGAGGAAGUGCCAGGAGUGCCGCCUCAAGAAGUGCAGAGCUGUGGGAAUGCUGGCGGAAUGUUUGCUGACUGAAGUCCAGUGCAAGUCAAAGCGACUCAGGAAGAAUUUCAAGCAGAAGAGCAGUUUCCUUUGCAACAUAAAGCUGGAAGAUGAGGGACUGAAUAGUAAGCAAGUAUCAUCUACAACAAGACCUGGAAAAAUCCCAGAGAAGAUGGAACUUACUCCAGGAGAACAUCAGCUUCUUGACCACAUUGUAGCAGCACACCAAAAAUACACAAUUCCCCUUGAGGAAGCCAAGAAGUUUCUACAGGAAACUGCAAGUCCUGAAGAAAGUUUUCUCCGCCUGUCUGAGACAGCUGUUGUUCAUGUCCAGGUGUUGGUGGAUUUCACAAAAAGGCUCCCAGGGUUUGAGAGUUUAGCCAGUGAGGACCAGAUUGCUCUGCUGAAAGGGUCCACAGUGGAGGCGAUGUUCUUGAGAUCAGCCCAAAUUUACAACCAAAAAAUGAGCGAGUGCCAGCCUUCAACCAGUGAAAGUCAUGUAAGACUUUCUGAUCACGGGACAUGUUGUCACGUUCAAAACCUUGAUAAAAACAAUAUUUAUUCCAUGGAAAUGUGUCAUAAUAAAGAGAGGCCAACUUCUACUACUACCACAGGCAUAACUGAGGAGUUCAUCACCGCCCUGUUCUACUUCUACAGAACCAUGGGGGAACUCAAAGUGACCGAGACCGAAUACGCUCUGCUCGUAGCAACAACAGUGUUCUUUUCAGACCGCCCGCUGCUGAGGGACAAGCGCCACGUGGAGGAGCUGCAGGAGCCGCUGCUGGGGAUCCUGUACAAGCACUCGAAGCUGCAGCACCCGCGGGACCCGCAGCGCUUCGCGCGGCUGCUGGGGCGCCUCACGGAGCUGCGCUCGCUGCGCCACGCCCACGCGGGGGCGCUGCGCGCGCGGGACCCGCGCCUGGCCGCGCCGCUGCGCGACCUCUGGGACCUCCACUAGGCGGCGCCAACGCCGCCGGCGCGCGCGCCCCUUCCCGCCUCGGGCGCGCGCCGCGGUUUCCCGCCCUUUUCGCCCUCCCUCAGCGGCCUCCGUGAGGCGGCGCGGCCGCCGUCGGUGUCGCCGUCGCUGCCCGUGUGGUGGUGGCGGCGAUGUCUCUGUCGGUACAAGUGUUGGUGUCGGUACCAGCGUCGGUGCUGGUGCCGGUAUCGGUUUGGGUGCCACGCUCAGUGCCGGUGCCAGUGCUGGUUGUCGCUGCUGGUGUCAGUGACGGUGUGGGUACCAGUGUUGGUGUAGCUACCAGUGUCAGUAUCGGUACCGGCGGCGAUGUCGCUGUCGCUGUCUGUGUCGCCGCUUUUCUCCGGGCCCACCCGGAAUGAGCCCGUUCAGCCGCUGGUGCGGCCGUGCCGGAGCGCCGGGCAGGGCCCGCGGCUGAAGCCGGCGAGCGCUCGGGCUCGGGCCGCGCCGGGUCCAUGGUGCCACCGGCCCGGUGGCUGCGCCGGAACGGGCGGGGGGACAGCGGCUGGGACAGCGGGCCGGACACCGGGACACAGAGUCUGACCCGAGCACAUCCCGCCCGCUCCCGGGAAGUGUCCAAGGCCCGGUCUAACCGGACUUGGAGCAAGCUGGGAUAGUGGAACGUGUCCCUGUGGCAGGGGUGGCACCGGAUGAGCUUCAAGAUCCUUUCCGACCAAACCCAUUCCACGGUUUUGUGUGUGUGUGAAAUUUGCUGAACUCCUUUCUCUGCAGACUGCCAAGAUUGGUGCUGGAGGAACAUCUUUGACUUUAAUAUCAAAGUCUUCUGCUGUUAUUCUCUAUGAAGACUGAAGGAAAGAAUCUUCUCGAUCAUCUGGUCCGUGUUUAUCUGCACAUGACCGAUGAUAAACCCACGUUUGAUGUGGGUGAUCCAGCAGUGAGCAGUGCCCCACUUGGAUGCUUGCACUGGCAAGUUCUGCUUGCACCAGACCAAAUCUGCAGUGAAGACGUUCUGUCACCACACUGAGUUAUGUGAAUUAAACAAAUUAUUGUUUCAUGUUGAGGUUCCUAACAGAAUAUGUUUAGAUUAAAAUGUGAUAUUCUGACAGGAGAUCAGUUACACUAUUUAUCCUAUUUUUUUGACUUGAAAACUCUUUUAAAAUGGCAUUUUCAUACUAAAACAUGGUCAGAUGUGGGAGUAAAGCAAAAAAUAAACAUCAACUUCUGGACUUUAAAGAAAUAA